CGGAUUUGUUGUGUGUGCUCGUCGCAAAAUAAAUGGUGGAAACGAAAAGUGUAAUGGAUUGAAGAGAUCUUAAAAGGCCACACAUAUACAAGCACAAACAUAAAGCUGUGUACACAAAUUCAAAGGCAAGCAUUGGUCAGUGAAUGAAAGAAGCCUAUGUGUGAUAUUGUGUGUGUGGAUGCAACAACCACAUCUAUGUACAUAAAACGAAUAUACAUGCCCAUAGAUACGCACACACACAUACACACACGCAGUGAAAUCGGUGAUAUAUACCAAAAAGUGGUGAAGAGUUGUUAAUCCGCGAAUAAUGAAAACUAUUGAAUUCCUGGGCGAUUAAAAUAACAAAUGUAAAAUUAGGAACGGCGAGCCUCAAUCAAAACGUAAAGAGAGAAAAACUACGGCUAGAAAGAUAUAUGUUCAUCUCGUUACAUGGAUUCAUAGAAAUGCUUGUGUUUAAAAGGAAUUUACAUUAAAAGCAACUUUCUACCGAAUACGCAAUAGACGAUUUGAGUGAAUCCCACAAUUUGAUACAAAUUAUCAAAGAAAUGGAUUGGGUAGAAGGAGACUUGGUGUGGUUUGAUCCUGGUGUCGGUCAUCCCAUACCUGGUGAAAUACAAGAGGUGCAUCGAGCGGCGCAAGUGAUUGUAGUUCAGGCACUCAUCAAGGGAAAGCCACAAACUUUCGCACUGCAGCCAGGUGAGGGAAAUCUGCGCCCACGACAAGAUCUCGGAAGUAGUGGCGUUGAAGAUAUGACCAUGUUGGAAGAUUUGCAUGAAGCGUCAUUGCUAUGGAAUUUGCGUCUGCGUUACGACAAAGGUCUUAUUUAUACGUUUGCGGGCAGUAUUCUGAUUGCAGUGAAUCCCUACAAAAUGUUUCCCGAUUCGUAUGGACUAGAAGUAGCUAAAAAAUAUGCCGGCAAACCUUUGGGUACAAUGCCACCCCACCUUUUUGCCAUAGGUGCAGCUGCACAUGCCGCAUUGCCAUCACCUCAGGUCGUGGUAAUAUCGGGAGAAUCGGGCUCGGGAAAGACCGAGUCAACAAAACUAGUAAUGCAGUAUUUGGCUGCUGUGGUGCCGGGUGGCGGUUCGGCAUCAGCAGUCAUUGCCGAACAAAUACUGGAAGCUGCACCUUUACUAGAGGCCUUCGGUAAUGCGCGUACGGCGCGUAACGAUAACAGCUCGCGUUUUGGGAAAUACCUAGAAGUUUAUUUUAAAAAUGGGGCAAUCGUGGGUGCGAAAAUAACUCAAUAUCUACUUGAGAAGUCACGUAUUGUGACUCAGGCGCCUGGAGAGCGAAACUAUCAUGUUUUCUAUGAAAUGCUUGGUGGUUUGUCAGAAACCGAGCGUACUAAAUACGGCUUGCUUGAAGCAGAUAAAUAUUUUUAUUUAAAUCAAGGUGCUACCGACUGUGCACCCGGUCGUGUGGAUUGGGAUUCCCUUCAAAGUGCCAUGCAAGUCUUGGGCGUUUCGGAAGGUGAACGGGAAGGUAUUAUUAGAGUAUUAGCAUCAGUGCUACAUUUAGGAAACGUGUACUUUCAUCGUCGGCAGUUACGUCAUGGUCAAGAGGGGGUAGAAGUGGGCUCUGAUGCUGAAAUCAAGUGGGCGGCCCAUUUGUUACAUAUUUCCGCUGAAGGACUUCACAGAGCACUGACUAGUCGCAUCACUGAGGCACGAUCGGAACGCUUACACACUCCACUUGGUAUUGAUCAGGCGCUCGAUUCGAGAGACGCCUUUGCCAAGGCCUUAUAUGCUGGACUUUUUAAUUGGUUGGUGUCGCGCAUAAACUCUAUCGUACAGAAAGGUGGUACACAUGAUGCACAUCGUAUAUCUAUUUUGGAUAUAUUUGGCUUCGAAGAUUUGGCAGAGAACUCUUUCGAACAGUUGUGCAUAAAUUAUGCCAACGAAAACCUCCAACUAUAUUUUAAUAAACAUGUUUUUAAACUGGAACAAGCUGAGUACUCACGAGAACGUCUCGAAUGGACACCACUUACUUGGGAUGAUAAUUUACCGGUUAUUCAUUUACUAGCCAAAAAGCCGGUAGGAAUAUUCCACUUGCUUGACGAUGAAUCUAAUUUUCCUCGGGCAACCGACAUGAGCUUUCUGGAAAAGUGUCACUACAAUCAUGCGCUUAAUGAGCUAUAUUCCCGGCCUCGCAUUGGUGCUCAAGAAUUUGGCAUUACGCAUUACGCUGGCCAAGUGUGGUAUUGUGUUGAUGGAUUUCUAGAUAAAAACAGAGAUGCUUUGCGCAGUGAUGUCCUGGAACUGCUGGCCUCUAGUAAACUGCAAUUAGUUGUUGACUUAACGAAGCAGUUAAGAGCUCAAAGAGACUCUGGAAAAACUCUCCCAAAGGGUAGUAAUGGUCGAUUUGUCACCAUGAAACCACGUACUCCCACCGUAGCGGCUAGAUUUUCAGACUCGUUGCAGCAACUUCUUCAAUCGAUGGGUCGAUGCAAUCCAUGGUUCGUGCGUUGCAUUAAACCAAACAAUGAGAAGCACGCAUUAAAGAUGGACAUGCCAUGUGUUCUACAACAAUUGCGCUACUUGGGCAUGCUCGAUACUAUUCAAAUCAGGCAGAAGGGUUAUCCAGUUCGCUUGAAGUUUCAGCAUUUCGUUGAACGUUACCGUCACCUUCUUCGAACCCCUCUUCCAAGGGGCACCCCAUAUCGUGAGCUAUGUCGUAUUUUAUUAGAGUCUCUACCACGUACCGGUAUUGAAGGACCGGACUUUCAAUUAGGUGCGACACGUGUGUUUUUACGGGAAGCACUUCAUCGCCUAUUAGAAAGUGGUCGCUCAGAUCGUCUUAAGUCAGCAGCGAUUGCUAUACAAAAACAUGUUCGCGGCAUGUUAGUGCGACGUCGAUUAGCCCUUAAAAAGAAAGCAGCUAUAAGGAUCCAGUCAAAGUGGCGGAGUCAUCGUGAAAUGAAAAAGUUUUUACAGCUCAAAAAAGGCGUCGUCCAGGCUCAAUCCCUCUGGCGCGGUAAAAGGGAUCGAAAGAGGGUUGCUAAACUUAAAUCGGAAUAUAAAAGACGAUUAGAAGCACAGAAAGCUCAGAAGGAGCGUGAAGCGAAAAGGCUCGCCAAGGAGCAUAUUGAGCGCAGUCAAGUGGCCUACUUGGACAUACCAGCAGAAUUGGCUUUUAUUUAUUCAAAGGUAGAUGGUUGGACACCAGUACAUGGUGACCGGCAUCUUGUUAAAGUAGUUGGUACCGUACCCGGACCGCCUGUUGCUGGUGAUCUGCCAAAGGACUUGGAUCAAUUCUCGUUUGGCAAAUUCAGUUCGGUAUAUUGCAACGGUUUACGUCUAUCACCACGCCGAGAACCGAUUACAACACCCUUUCUUACAAGGGCUGCUUCCAGAGACCAAGACUUCCAAGAUUCUCUGGCAGUGUUCAAAUUGAUCCUUCGUUGGACGAACGAUAAAACCCUUGACGAAAAUAAAGAAAAGGUAUUAUCAGAUUAUAUUGUACAUAAAGGACUAUCUUCACGUGGAUUACGUGAUGAAAUACUGGUUCAACUAUGCAAUCAAGUAUAUAAAACGGAAGAGUCUAACUCCCAACGUAUAUGGCAGUUAAUGGCACAUUGCUUAUCAUGCUUUCAACCCGGUCCUGCUUUUAGUAAAUACCUGAUGAAGUUUAUAAUGGACAAUGCUCCGUCGUCAAUGAGGGAACUCCUUUUGAAGAAAAUUUUACGUAAUUCAAGCAACACACAGGCAAAUGCUUGUCGCAAUUUUGUACCAUCAUGGGUGGAGUGGCGAGCUAUCUCCAAAAUGUCCGAUAUUGCGGUAUCUUUGACGAUGCCAGAUGAUGUUUCACAAACUGUUGCUAUAGAUUCAUGGACAACUUGUGAAGAAGCUGCCUCCUUGGCCAUCUCUACACUCGGUAUAUCAAACCGAGGAUGGACUGUUGUUUUAGAUGACGGAAAGUUGGUAACUGAUUCAUGUGGAUUAGACUAUGUUUUGGAUCUUAUUUCGGAGAAAGAGUUGUGCCCAGCCUUCCCUGCUGUUCGUAGUGACCUUAUGAAAACUGGCGGCAAGUUCAUACGAACAACUGUACCGGAAACCGAGCCUAGCAGCCCCAAGAGACCACAAGUUCCGCCCCCGGAGCCUCCAAAACCUAAAAUGAGUACUGCGAGAGAAUCUCCAAUAGCCGUACCUCAAAUCGAACCUCCAGUCCGAAAGACAUCGAGAGAUUUGUUGUCGAGAAGUUCAGUUCUUAACGAAAGAUAUUUUGAACAAGAAAAGACACGAUCUAAGUCAUUAGAUGACCUUCUGGCAGGAGAUAUUGCUGAUCUUGAUCCAACCACUGAGCCUGAACCUUUAACAAAUCUUGGUCUAUCUGAAAGCCGUUUAAAUGAAAGAUAUCACUCUGCAGAGCGUUUGGCUCCAAUGGGAAAAGAAACUGGACCCAGGUAUCAAAAGUCACAGCACGCUGGACGUCGAUCACACGCUGGCUCUCACUCCAGUAAAUACAUGGACAAAUCCGAAUAUGCAACUCGUUCAUCAGCAAUGUCCGAUACGAGCGAAGCACCAUCGUUAGCGUCACAUGUACGACGUGUACGAGUACCAUCGCAAGCUUCUGAUGUCGAUCAAUUCCUUGAUGAUUUAUUUAGUCCCGUAUUGGAUGGCUCUUUAGAUGAAUUAUCGGAUGCAAGGUCAUUGGCAGCAAGCAUAAGAGGAGGCGGACAGAAAAUUACACAGAAUUCUCCGUUUUACUCCGAUAAAUGUGAAUUUUUAGAAGCACCAAAUACCUUGCAGAGUUCAGUAGAUGUUUUUUCAAACGUGGAUUCUCUCUGUCAAAAAAUUAAAGGCGGUGGAGAAAAAAAGGGUAUUGAGGAUGAAUCAUCUACUGACAAUUUAGAUGAAUAUAUAACAGGCCUUUUUAAACCAAUAUUCAUCAAUGAGGCCGUAAACACUUUAACAAAGCAAGCUGAACUAAUAGAGAUCAUUAAGGGGGGUGGCACCACGCACACUCAAUCUACAUCUAAUACCAGUUUCGUUACAUCACCAGUCGUAAGCCCAAUAAGUCCCUUGAUUGCAAAUUCCGAUAAUAUAAUUCAGAUGAUUAAUAUUCCUCCGGAUGCUGAUCCCAACGUUUAUCAGCAGCAGGUUCAACGAGCAUUUUUGCAGUCUGCAAUGGCCCAGAAUUUACAAAUUCAACAACAAUUAUUGGCACAGAAUCAGGCACUGCAAACAUUGCUUAGUCAACAGGAUACACCAACAGGCACAACAUCACCACCACUAGUACCCGUUCUGACAGCAGUCCAACAAUCUAGCCAUUCAACAAAUAAUGUCACAACAAAAGUAAGCACUCCUCCACAAGCAAGUCAAAACAAUGUCCGCAAGCAAAGUGUUAAGAAUCGUAUAUCACAGUUCUCAGAGAACGAUCGGAACAGAAAAGCUUCCUCGGAGAGUGGAGGAUCGCUAAUACCACCACCACCACCGCCACCGAUGCCACCACCCAUAGAAGCCAAAGACCCGUCCGAAACACGACAUUUUCUCGAUCCAUAUGGUCGGGCAAAGACAGUGCGAAUAGGAAAGUGGCGUUGGCCUCCGCCACAAGACGCACCACAGUUUGAGACUGAGGAAGACUUUUUUGCCUUCAAAAUGCGACAAUCACAACGAAAAACUACACCACAAUCUCAAUUUCACAGCAGUAAUGGCUCUCUAACUGGAUCGGCAAUGGAGUGGGAGGAAUUUGAAAUCGACACAUCUAAGAGUCCAUCACCCACUUCUAAUAUGCCACCAAUUCACGCUCAAAUGAUACGAACUACACUGAAGAUUGAAACAACUGGUGGGAAGAUUGCUAAUAAGGAAAUAAUUGAACAACAACAACAGCAACAACAAACAGUAGUUACAACGAAAGUAGCUAAAAAGAGCUUCGAGAUCGGUGCUGAGCGGCCACCGCCGGGUAGCAUUGGAAAACUUAAGUUAAGUUCUGAAAUGCGUCAACGACUCGAACAAGUAACCGCUGGUCAUUCCGUACGUUCAACAGUUAGUACAAAGUCGGAGCAAAGAACCCCAGCAAAGCUGGAGGAUACAAGAAAACUUAUGCUUCAACAACAACUGAGUGGACAUUUUUUGAAUAUGGAAGGCAAGCAUGGCCCAGAAUUGCCUUCGGUCCGAACACAAAUCGAGAGGAUGGAGGGCAAGCUCUCUCCCCCACCUACCUGGCCUACUGUUGUACCACCAGCUCCAAGCGUUCCAGCACCACCCCCGCCCAUACGACCUCCAACUAUUGCACCGCCCGCGCCCCCACCCGCACCUAAAACUCCACCCACUCCCCACGAACUGGAAGUAGAUGAUAUCAUCUUUCGCAAUCAAAGUGGAAAAGAUAUUCCAGCAUUUAUACAGCGUCAAGAUCGUGACACUUUCGGAGCUCGCCACAAUUGGAAUGGCUCCGAUGAUUCGAAGGAGACCUAUGACUCUUGGGGACGUGCUGAAGCGGCUAAAUUAGAUAUGGUGUACGAGGCUAAUUUCAAGAAGGAAAUUAAGAAUGAAAGAGAACGAUCUAGAUCACGAUCCCGUUCUCGUGACCGUGAUGAUUUCUCAGAAUCUGUUUGGGAUAGAGCAGAAGUAGAAGGUCCUUCUUCCAGUGGUAGCGAUCGAGAAAGGGAAAAGGAACGCGAGAAGCGAGAGCGCAUCUAUGAAAUUAGACAAGUGGAACGCGAAAAAGAAAGCAAUAAAGUAUAUCACCCAGCUCCCCCCAAGGUCAUUACAGCUGCAGUUGAACGAGUCGAGAAUCCAUCUACAGGUGCACAAAUGGAACGCAAGUUUUCACAACCCACUUCACUCUCAAUCCAUAAGCAAACAACAACAUCUAUCAGCAUGAGCUCCACCUCAACAACUGCUCCCGCCACAUUCCGUACACACAUGGCACAAAAAUAUGAAAAAGAACGUAAACGAAAAUCUUCCGCAUCAACAGUACUAUCCCAAAGCACUCGCCGUGACGAAGAAACCGAUGGCGGUGACGAAUGGCCAUUGCCAGCUAUACCUGCUCCUGUAUUAGCCCCACCUUCUAUUAAGAGCCCAGCAACUGCUUGCUUCACAUACAACAGGGUGCCAUGGAGAUUACGUGUUCGCAAAGAAGUUUUCCAUCCCAAUGAAUCGAUAGGACCACCUAUUGCAUUAGAUUUACUCUUUGCACAAGUGGUGUCCGACGUUUUUGGUAUAACUCCUUGUCUACGAAUUUCCCCGCAAGAGAAAUCCGUUGCAUUGAGCAUGUUGAACGGACAUGGCGUAACUGUCGAAACUGUCCGCAGCCAGAAUAUUAGAGCAAUAGUGAAACGUCACCUGAUCGAUAUGGCGCGCAGUUGGCCACUCUAUUUUGCGCGCCUAUUUGCAGUGCAGGGUGCGCCGCAGUUCCCAGACGUCUCAAUAAUGGGCAUUUCACACAAUGGACUUUAUCUAGCACGUCGCGAUGCAGAAUACCUAAUUGUUGUGCAAUCCAUAUCUUUAAGUGAAAUUCAAAACGCAAUCACAUUACCGCGACCCGCAUCUCUGCAGUUAAAUUUGCGUAGCGGGGACCAUUUGGCAUUGCACGCAGCUCGAGCAGCAUCUAUUCAGGCGAUGAUUACUACAUUUGUACAAGAGUACCGCAAGAGCCAAUCGAAAGCCUCCACGCUGUCGUCGGGUGCCCGUGCAGCCGCCCAAACACUCAACGUCCCCAUCGAACGCCUGGAAUCCCGUCAAUCUAACCAUCGUGAACAUGGGAAUGCGGUCAAUAACCACAACAGUGCGGCAGCAAUGACCUCUUCAAGUGGCCAUGAAGCUCACAUGGAAAAGCCUGUUGCUCUGCAACAUGGGCGGCAAAGUGGCGACACGGAGGCCGAUGUUCAUCAGGACGUGAAUCACUUGCUUGAGAGCGAGGCAGAUUCUAUGCUUCCAAAUACUGGCAAUCACAUGGACAUGCAAAUGGAACGUCAUCAGUAUACAAAACAGACGAGUUACCUUCAUUCGACUCGCAAGACCUCUAGUAGUCAGCAACAAGUGCAACAACAAUCACAACAGCAACAUCAGCAAACUCAUGGUCACAAUCACGUUUCGAUGUCACAUCAUCUUGAUGCCAAUUACAUGACGGAGGAGCCAAAUGGCAGUAGUGGGCCAUCGCCGUCCGUUACUAAAUACUCUCUUCUUCAAUUCGCCAUGCAGCACUUCCGAAACGAUCAAUAUCCUGAAGUUCGUACGCACAAUCGCGAUCUAACUAGAGAACAUGGCGACCGUCGAAUUCCUUCUUACGCAGAUUUAGUAAAAUGGCAAGGCACGCCUAUUCGCAUGCCAUUACUCCGGUUGCCCAACGAUUUAGCUCCUUUGGCGCUUGAGUGCUUUGAAUGUAUUUUGCGCUACUGUGGCGAUAUACCGCACGACCCUGAGCUGACUGAAGUAAAGUGCGUCUACACUGUACUCAUGCAUUGUCAUAAAUAUUUGGCGCUUCGAGAUGAGGUUUACUGUCAGUUGAUGAAACAAACGACGGCCAAUCGCUCUCCGUGUCCGGACUCCGCGCAGCGCGCAUGGCGUCUGCUAAGCAUUCUAGCGGCUUACUUUGGCUGUUCGGAUGCGCUGCGUCCUUACCUAAUGGAACACUUGACAUCGGCCGCUUCAGAUCGACGACGUUCUUGUCACGGUACGGCAGCGGUUUGUCUAGCAAAUUUACGUAAGACAGCACGCUGCGGCGGUCGGAAGAACGUGCCAAGUGUAGAGGAAGUAACUGCAGUGUCCGCUGGACGCUCAGCACGUCGCCAAAUCUACCGUCUGCCCGGAGGUGCGGAACGUGUAGUCAACACUCGCUGCUCAACAGUGGUCGCUGACGUAAUUGCAGAGCUUUGUGCGUUGCUAAGCGUAGAAUCGGAGGCUGAGCAACAGGAGUUCUCAUUAUACUGUAUUGUACAAGGAGACGCCUUCACAAUGCCCCUAGCAGCGGAUGAGUACAUAUUAGAUGUUACCACGGAGCUUCUUAAAUCCGGUCAACCAUUCUACUUGAUUUUCUGUCGGUCUGUGUGGCAUUUUCCUCUAAAACGUGAUCCCGCGCCAACACCGCUCUAUGUGGAAGUACUUUUUAAUCAAGUGGCGCCGGACUACUUAGAGGGUCUAUUAUUGGAAAUACCUAGCAAUGGAGUACCCAUUCCAGAGAUUGUACGCGAUAUGGCACGCAUAGCUGCUCUGCUUCAUCGCGCCGCUGAUCUAACACAUGUGCCGGCUAUGAAAGAAAUUAAAUUUCUUUUGCCUAAACCGGCGCUCGGCAUUCGGGAAAUUCGUCCGGCUCAAUGGGUAGGAUUAGUGCAAUCCGCUUGGCCUCAAAUUGCUGGCUUGACACCGGGCCAAGUGAAGGCACAAUUUCUAGCGGUCUUGUCGGCAUGGCCUCUGUUCGGCAGCAGUUUCUUCGCAGUGAAACGCAUUUGGGCCGAGGAGGGACCGCAUGUCGAAGACAGCAAUCCAAUGUGGCGUGAUCUGAUACUGGCCUUAAAUAGACGCGGUGUGCUAUUCCUGGAUCCAAACACACACGAAACGCUACAGCACUGGCCAUUCAUGGAAGUAAUUUCUACUCGAAAGGUUCGUUCAGAGGACGGCGCGCUCUUCCUGGACAUGAAAGUUGGCAAUCUCAUGCAGCAGCGGGUUAUACGAGUCCAGACUGAGCAAGCACACGAAAUUUCGCGGCUCGUACGACAGUAUAUAACAAUGGCACAAAUAAGCCAGAGGGACAAACGGGAGUUGAAUUAAGUUCUUUUAAAAGUUUGAUUCGAUGUGUAGUUUUAACAUUUAACCCUUUGAAAUUAUUUUAUUUCGUUGCUUCUUUAUAUAGAUAAAUGUAUGCAUACAUACAUAUGUACUCAUGGUUAUACCUACUUUUUACUUAGGUAUGUCCUAACAAUUGAACAUUUUGUAGUUUUUAGUUAAAUGCAUAAUCCUGUGCGGGUACGAAUUUUUUCUCUAAAGAAAAACAUUUGAAUGUGAGCGUAUUCCACUUUUAUGAAUACUCCGCGGCCCGUGGAUAUUCGCUCAAAGCUUUAGAAAAAAUUGCAAACUGAUGCUUCCGAUGAUCGCUAUUAUUAUAAUAUCAUACAAUGUUGAAAAUUUUAAUUUCGGAAAUUUUUUACUCCUGUAAUUAUCUACGAAUACAUAAAAAACCUUAUAAACAGAUAGUAUAUUAUGUAUGUAUAUAUAUAAUAUAUAUGUAUGAGUAAAGUAUGUACACAAAAUAAAUGGUCAUAUUUUAAUCGUUGUGCAAAAGAAA